AGGUCCAGCCAUACUCCGUGGACUAGGACAGUUGUGGUUCCAUAGCUGUUCUUGGUCAUCGUGGUGUCUGCUUGGUCGCUCUGUCCAGGCGAUGGUGGUAUUCCCACCAGAUACACCAGGGGCGGUACGUCGGUGUGAGGCGUCUGAUUUGAAGGAUCCGACGACGCGUUUUUUGGACGACAUGGUUCCUAAUGAAGAAAUACGAAAUGGUGCGGCAGAAUGGUUGGAGACUAUAGAAGAUGGCUGCCGCCGUUUGCAGGAGGUUGUGGAUAUUUUGUGUUCGAGCCAUGGUGAUUGGUUGGGGGCUGUAGGGGGGACAGUCACACUUGCGCCAUGGCUGGAGGACAUGAUGCARAGCAUGCUUGAUAUCAUUUGGGAGUUGGAGGAGGGGCCGGCUCCUUCGCUGGAGGAGUUUGUUGAUUGGCAUCAAGCUGACUCGCUCAUGCACAGAUGCUACGACAUCUUUAGGAACGGCCAGGAUCGCUGUGCAGCUUUGGAGGCGGGAUUGUCGCCUGCGACAACAAUUGAAGACAGCAGAGGCGGCAACAGCUUCAACACCAACAUCGACUGCAACGACAGUAACGACAAUGACAAUAACAAUGAUAAUAACAUCAACAACAACAACAACAACAACAACAACAACAAUGAGCUCACGAUUAUCAACUACAGCUCUCUUGGUGUCUUGAACGACAACUGUGGAGGUGACAUCGCUAGCAGAGGGAUCGUCGUUGGAGGUGGCGAGAACAUCAAUGUAAACGGCGGCAAUGACGAUAACAUUUUCAACAACAACAACGACUACAACAACAACAACAUCAUCAACAACAACAACAACAACAACGACAACAACAACAACAAACAGCUCAAGAAUAUUGACCACAGUUUCCUUGCUGACGACAACUGCGGAGACGAAAUUGACGACAAAAGGCUCGUCGACGAUAACUGUGGAAAUGGAAUUGUUGGUCAAAGGAUCGAUGAUAAUACCGGUGUUAUUGGGAUCGACGGCGCAAUUGCUGGUUGGCAGCGGAUGGGCGUGGGUUAGUUGGCGAGGAUUGGAGUUGUCCGGUCCGCAACUCCAAUCA